AUGGAGAGUUAUGAAGGUGAUUUAAGUGACAUAGUGCGUGCUGGUACUGUCACUUCAUCAUCAUAUGAGCACUGGCAGUUCUAUUGUUCAGAUCCACUGACUAAUUUCCCUGCUGUCAUGGAAGAGCCAAUUAUACCAGGCCGCUUCGGCGAUCCGUUCAUCCCCAACGUUCGAGAUCCCUUUCCCCACCACUACCAUCAUAUACCUGCAACUUCAAAUGUUUACCUUGAUACCACAAGUAAUUCUGCUCAAGUACUAAUCACGACCACUUCUGGGAGUAUGCAAGAAGCAGCUGGAUUAGGUAUUAGUGGUUCUGCAGCUACUUUUUCGUCGGGACACCAAAUUCUCGAGGACAACAUAAGGAGGUCUAGUGGUAACAUAUUCUCAAACUUGGCUCAGAUCUCUCCCAGUGCAGACUUACCUCUUUCACCCUGUGGAUCACCGGGCGCCACCAUCCCAAUUAAGGCGCUUCCUGACACAUCUGAAUAUUGCUCCCCCCAGAUCUCAUCUUCACGCAAUCCGGCUCUCAAGCAAAGGAAGAGCCUGGCGAAGAAGGUGGUCUGUGUUCCUGCACCAAUAGCAGCAAACAGUAGAUCAAGUGGUGGAGAGGCGGUUCCUUGUGAUCUGUGGGCUUGGAGAAAGUACGGUCAGAAACCUAUCAAAGGCUCUCCUUAUCCAAGGGGUUAUUAUAGAUGCAGCAGCACAAAGGGUUGCCCGGCGAGAAAACAAGUGGAGAGGAGCAGGACGGAGCCGAACAUGCUAGUGAUCACUUACACCUCGGAGCAUAACCAUCCUUGGCCGACCCAAACAAACGCUCUCGCUGGUUAUUUCAGAGGCCACAAGUGA